AUGCCUCUAAAGAAAUGUGGCCUAUGCGAGGCGGCCGGCGAGGAAUGCGUGGGCUACGAUUCCGUUGCCAAAAGGAAUGUACCUAGAAGGUCGGGAUCAAGAUACGCUUUUUCGCAUCGGACAAACACUGACAGAGAUACUGAAAAUAGCUACGUACAGAGCUUGGAGGAACGCGUGGCGUAUCUCGAGAUGAAGUUACAAGAACAUGGUCUCGGUCAUGAGCUUGAGCCCACGCCGCGGCCAACAAUUUCGCCGGCACCAGUAUCUUUCCAAGCGAAUGUGGGAACGGCGUCACCAAAUGAAUUGAGCAAUCAUUUCAGUUUGACUAUUGACGAAGGUAGCACUGAUAAUGCAGACAACAGGACAAUCCGUCCGAUAUUGAGUCUGACACAGCGUGGUGCCACAUACGAAGCAGCAUUUUCUCAGAUACUUUUGUCCGAACUCAUAAGGGCAAAAACAUCCCAGCAUAUAUUCGCAAAGCCGCGUACGGAACGUGAAGACAAUGGUAAUUCCAGUGUAUCCGGCAUGGUGGAAGACUUCGACGCUUCUCCAGUGUCUCUUCCCACCAGACAAGGUGUGCGGAGCCUCGUCAAGGCUUACUUUCAUUUCGCGAAUAUGAGCAUGCCUCUACUGCAUGAACCGACCUUCAACCACAAGCUGGAACUCUUGUACAAGAUGUCGCCGGUCAUUGACCUUGCCGGUACCCACAACAGCACCGAGGCCAAGAGGGCGGUAUUCUUCGUAUUUGGAGUGCUCUCCGUUGCCCUAUUGACACUGCAAAAGCAAGACCCAUCAAGAAUACCCACAUCCCUCGCAGACAGGUACCAUCGUAUGUCGCUCAAAGCGCUGCUAAAAGCUGGACUGCCCAGUGAUCUCGAAGGGGUUCAAGCACUGCUCCUUAUUGCACAAUAUUUUUAUCAUCAUCCCACUGUAUGGGCUGUUUGGAAGACUGUAGGUGCCGCACUGCGUUUGGCGGUGGAAUUAGGCCUGCAUCGAGACAUGACGCCGGAGCCAAUGGAUUUCUUGACGGUCGAUGCCAGAAGGCGGGCGUUCUGGGUGGCCUAUGCCAUGGACAGAAACAUUUCGAUCGCACUGGGAUUGCCUUCUUGUCUCGCGGAUGGAGCCAUUACUACGAAGUUUCCAAGCAUCGAGAAUGAUGAGUUCAUCACGGCCGAUGGGGUCAUCCCAAGUGAUGCCUUUCAUCCCCGACCCAAGCGUGUCAAUUACCACGUGCUACGGUACCGUCAAAUUCAAUCGGAGAUGCGGACCACGUUGUAUGAGCGAGCGCCAGUGGCUUGCGGACCGGUUGAUCUAGACCGAUGGCAACAGGAUAUGCGAUCUCGUAUCCAGGCCUGGUAUGAUGAGACGCCUCGCAAGCAUAACUUGACAGAUGGUGAACGUAAGAACGUGGAGAAUUUUGAACUUACCUAUUAUCGAGCACUGCUCUAUCUAUAUCACCCGUCGGCCAACAUUCCGACGCCGAAAGAGGCAUCAUUAAUGUCUUUGGCCGAAGCAGCAUCCAAAAUGAUCCAGCUGUAUCGUCGAUUCUUCACCGAACACAGAUUGACCAUAUAUUGGCAAGCGGUGGAAAAUUUGUUCUCGGCAGGCACAGCCCUGCUUUAUAGCUACGUUAAUUCGAAACAAGUCCGAGACCACAUCACCAUGCAUGAGCUCGAGACCCUGGUUCACACAUGCUCUUCUGUGCUAUGGGGAAUGGUCGAGCACUUUCCAGACUUCAAAGGGAAACGCGAUGCUUUUGACAUCGUGGCUUUCAAAGCGCUUGCUGAUCUCAACAAGAGCAGCUUUGCAGAACCCAGUUUACGAAGAGACUCUUCUGGUCAGGCUCUCAUCGAAUAUGCUGGAGGCCCAGACACAUCAGGUUUUUAUGAGCCUGCGUAUCUUCACCAACGCCCGGGGCAGAUGCUAGACGGCAUAUCGGCAUAUGCACAUCAGCCCGGGAUGGGAAGUACGACAUUGAUACCACAGGAUUGGACACAGCAGGACCAGCUUCAAAUACAACAGAAUUCCACUGGCGUAGGUGUCGAGACAUACGAAGGCAGCACCGCUUUCUCGUUUGCCGAUUUUGAUGAGUUGUCCUUUGACUGGGAGGCGUUUGAAGAUAGCAAUGACCUGACAGCGCCAUCGUGGCCAUAG